UCAACGGGUGACAAGAGGUGAAUACCUUUUAUUUUUUUUCUUCUGUCGAAAUCUUGGAUGCUUCCACAGGGUUCACCUACUCAAUUGUCCAUGAUUUAUUGAUUCCGUCCUACUAAUCGCUUGCUUGCUUGGUGGCCUUCACAAGCUGCUCCAUUUGCGAACCUACAAAUCGAAACAGCUCCCCGGACCUAAAGCUCAAGAACCCCAGAUCUCCAGCCAUUAUUUUUUUUCAAGAUGCAUGGCUACUCCAACCUCGCCUGCUCGUCUCCUCCAAUGGCCGCCAGGGCGAGGCGAUCGCUGGAGCUGACCAACACCAAGGAGACCAACCCGUGGGAAGGGCUGGCCAUCGGGGCGGUGACCCUGGCCAGGACGUUCUCCACCGGCUCCCACAGGAUCUCCUCCUCCUCCACCUCCAGGCCCGGCGGCGAGAGGGUCGCCAGGGCGUCUGCCGCCGGCGGCCUGCCUGGCGCGGUGAGGAGGGCCUUCUCCCUGCGGAGGCACCCGGCAGGGCACGGCAGGGGCGACGGGUACUACUGGAGGAUCCACGACAUGGACGGCGACGGCGACGAUGCCACCGCCGCCGGCGCCGGAGAGGAAGACGAGAAGAACAAGAAAGAGCAGCUAGCUGAAGCCGUCGACGAGAAGGAGUCGUCUGCGCCGGCCAAGACGAAGACUGCGACGGCUACGGCUACACCGGCGCUGAAGAAGAAGACCGGCGGCAAAAUCCUGAAGGCCUGCAAGAAGCUUCUCCGGCUGUAAUCAACUGCGACUCUGUGCGCGUGUGCGUGUUAUCAAUCUGCAAUCUUGCUGAUAUUACCGCCGUGUUUACGUAACGUUUGUAAUGGUAUCAUGAACCAUCUUCGUUUUUGGGUUCGUCGAACUAAUCGCGACGAACAAAUCGAGCAAGUUAAAACCAGAUUGUGAUGAUGACCCAUGCAUGUGGGUUUAGUGAGAUCUUGACGAGACAUGGGACGGGGCGACAUGUGGGGCUCUGCCGUGAUGCGCGCGGUGGUGUGGAUGGGUGGCCGGGGAUGUCUGCGUG